AUGAUCGCCCCGGACGAAAUCCAGCCUGGUAUUGUUUUCCUCUACCGGCCCAUUAUUGGUCGCUACAUGAUGACCUUUGAAAAGGCAAGAGAUGCAUGCACCCAGAACAGUGCAGUGAUGGCUUCACCUGAACAACUCCAAGCAGCUUUUGAUGAUGGAUACCACCAGUGUGAUGCUGGUUGGCUUUCUGAUCAGACAGUGAGGUACCCAAUUCAUGAUCCUCGUGUCAACUGUCAGGGCGACAAAGAAAAUGUACCCGGGGUUAAGACAUAUGGAAUGAGACGACUCGAUGAGACUUAUGACGUGUACUGCUUUGCUGAAAAAAUGACAGGCAGGGUUUUCCACAUUACAUCAGCAGAAAAGUUCACUUUCUCUGAGGCUGAGCUGGCUUGUUCCACAAAGGGGGCCAUACUCGCCACUACAGGCCAGCUGUAUUUGGCCUGGCAAGGAGGGAUGGACAUCUGUAAUGCUGGUUGGCUGGGUGACAGAAGCGUUCGCUACCCCAUCAACAUCCGGCGGCCACAGUGUGGGGGAGGGCUUCUGGGGGUGCGAACUGUUUACCUCCACACAAAUUAGACAGGAUAUCCUCUUCAGACUCCGUAUGAUGCCUUUUGCUACACAGAGUUCCCUGAAGAUGAAGGGUAUGGCCUAAUAGAGGAAGAAAGUGGCUUAUUGAGCGUUACCCCAGUGGUACAGAGCCAUGAGGUUUUCUUUGGCAAGCGAACAACCGAGAGUGAGGUGGUCGGUGGGGUUGAGACCCAGCAACCGACCAUUGUGGACUUAAGCUACACACUGAGUCCCAGUAAACUACUGCUACCUCAGCCACCGAAUGUCACAGAGAUUGCCACUGAUAUAAUGGAGCAAGUCACUUUGCCAUCCAAUCUAGGCAGGGAGCCAGGCAAAGUGGGUGUGAUCGCUCUAAAGGGUGUGGUGUUUUAUUACCGCUCACGGUCGGGCCGCUAUGCCUUCACCUUUACUGAUACCCAGUUGGCUUGUCAGAGUGUUGGUGCAACCAUCGCUACCCCUGAGCAGCUGCAGUUGGCAUAUGAAACGGGAUAUCACCAGUGUGACGCAGGAUGGCUGAUGGAUCAGACAGUCCGGUACCCCAACGUUUCAAAUCAAGACAAGUGUGAUGGAAAUUUAGGAGAUCAACCUGGAGUUCAGUCCCAUGGUCUGAGACCAGCAGACGAACAAUAUGAUGCUUAUUGCUACAUUGAGGGGCUUAAAGCAGACAUUCUAGUUAUUGCAAAUGAAACUGGACUUAACAUCACGGAUAUCCAGGACGUCCUUCCCAAUCUAACAUCUAUCACAAAGUUAGUGAGACUUGUGAUUACACCAAUUGUCACACCCAUCCCUGUGGAAUCUCCAGGCUCUGGUUCAGGUUCAACAAAUUUUGGAUCAGGGUCUUCAAUUGAUAACACAUCUGGAGACCUGCCUGGGAGAACGGGGGCUUUUCUGGAGAUCUGUCUGGCUACUGAGACAGUUACAUCUGGGGAUGUGUUAGACUUCGGAAGCCUGUCUGAUUCUGUCAACCAAAGUACCGGUACCUCUGGAGACCGCUCUGGCUUUUUGAGCUUUUCUAAUUCUGGAGACAAGGUCAUCUCCAAAGAAUUUGAUGGUUCUGGGGACAUGUCUGGCUUAGGAGAUCGGUUUAUGUCCAGAGACCUGUCCGGCUAUGGGAACACAGUGAGCAGUACUAGUACUGACAAGCCUCAUGGUACAUCAGGUGUUAUCAGUAAUGAUGCUUCUAGGUCAGGGAUCAGUGGAGAACAAGUACUGGGUUAUCCUAUUCAGGAAGUGCCAAAUAUGACCUUGGAGGGGGACUACUGGUUUUCAGUGGCUCCGGGGACACUUAUGGGAUGCCCACACAUGAUCUCAGUGGCUCGGCUCCUGGAAGUGGUUCUGUUCUUCUCAGAUGUGACCUUUGACGAGUCAGCGUUCACUGACCUCACAGAGUCAUCAUUUGGGGAGCAAGAAGCCUCUGGCUUUUCACUCUACAACUCAGGAGAGUCCAUUCCUGAGCAUUUGUCAGGAGUUCGCUCCUUGGAGCCCAUAUCUGGUGCUGCAAUGUCUGGAGAAGGUGACAGUUAUUGCUCACCCACAUUUUUUUUUUCAGAAUUGGAUGCUUGCCACUCCAAUCCAUGUGCCAGUGGAGCCACCUGUGUGGAGAAUGCAGACUCUUACAAAUGCGUAUGCCUGCCAAGCUACGGAUGGGAGCGCUGUGAGAUUGAUGAAGACCGGUGUGAAGAGCGUUAGACAAAAUUUCAGGGGAACUGCUAUCUGUACUUCAGUGAUCGAGAGAUGUGGCCGGAUGCUGAGCAACGCUGCCGAGAUCUGAAUGCACAUCUGGUCAGCAUCAUAACACCAGAGGAGCAACACUUUGUCAACUCCAAUGCACAAGACUAUCGAUGGAUCGGACUCAAUGACAAGACAAUAGAAAAGGACUUCCGGUGGACAGAUGGGACUCCACUGCAAUAUGAAAACUGGAAGGCAAAUCAACCAGAUAAUUACGUUAACUCCGGAGAAGACUGUGUCGUGAUGAUCUGGCAUGCCAAGGGUCAGUGGAAUGAUGUACCUUGCAACUACCAUCUACCAUUUACCUGCAAAAAAGGCCCAGUGUUCUGUGGUGCCCCUCCAUUGGUGGAAAAUGCUCAAAUGUUUGGUAACAAAAUGGAGGAAUACCCCAUCAACUCAAUCAUUCGGUAUCAGUGCAACCAAGGAUUUAGACAGCGCCACCUCCCAGUGGUCCGCUGUAAAACAGAUGGACAAUGGGAGACACCCCAGGUGGAGUGUACUGAUGUGAAAGCAAGACAAAGAAAUCACGAGGGGCAAGAGCAGUGCAGUUGAAUUAACCCCUGCCAGCAAUUUUGAUGAGUAAAAAACAGACA